UCUCAGAUUAUCUUUAUCUUCCUUCCUCCAUUUGAUCCUCCAUUAAUGAAAAAUGAAUCUCCACAUAAUCCAUCAGUAUCAACCCCUGUUUUUCCAUAUUUCCCCAGUUGCCCCUCCUCAUGACAUCUCCAGUGGACUCAAAUCCCCUUUCACAAAAUUUACGUCUCUUUCUUCCUCAAAUAUCUUGCCAAUUUCUACCUUUGGACCCGCCAGCUUCAAAAUUUCUUGUGUUUCGAAAGCUGAAGCUUCGUUUUUCAAUCGUAAAAAACAAAAACGAGAAGAUGAUGAUGCAAUCAAUGCAACAGAAUUCGAGGACUUGGCCCAAGACGGUGUUGUUUACCAGAAUACACUGAGAUUGGUAGAGUGCUCCAUGUUUGCUGCUGUAACUGGGCUCGUGUAUUUCUUGAGCAAUUCCCUCUCAAUUGAGAAUUACUUUGGAUGCUUUUUUUCAUUACCAAUAGUAAUAUCUUCAAUGAGAUGGGGCGUUGCAGCUGGGAGAAAAACAAUGGUGGCAACGGCUAUGCUUCUAUUUGUCUUAUCUGGUCCCUUAAAAGCUUUAACAUAUCUGCUAACACAUGGAAUACUUGGUUUCACAAUGGCUUCAUUGUGGAGGUUGAGAGCAGAUUGGGGUCUUUCGAUAUUUUUGUGCACAAUUGCUCGAUCAAUUGGUGCCAUGGGCUAUUUAUUUACAUCUUCAUUCUUAAUAAGAGAAAACAUACUUACUUUGAUUACCAUAAACAUUCAUGCUUCUCUGACAUUAAUAUUUACUGCCAUUGGUGUCAAUGUGAUUCCGUCAAUGGAAGUGAUAUAUGCUAUAUUUGGGAUUCUGGUAUUGCUAAAUAGUGGAUUCUUUGUUUUUUUGCUACACCUUUUAUAUUCUGUGUUCCUCACACGGCUUGGGAUGAAAGAUUCAUUGAGAUUGCCAAGAUGGCUUGAGAAGGCCUUAUAAAUUGUAAGUCAUUCACAUGUACAUGGUAUCAUAUUCCUGGCAACACACAAGUCAAGAGUGUUGCCUCACCUAGAUAUAUCUAUACUAGUUUUAGGGCUUAGUUGAGUUCAAUUGCCACAAACAGAAAUUCUUGAAGUUAAGAAGGGUGACCUCUUAUACUGCAACACAAACAGACAAUCAUACGCUACCAGCAUAGUAGCUAAUUUCAGUUUUUUCAUUAAACCCUAGUGGAACACUUGGAUAACAAGCUAGAUUGUAUUGAGCAGAGUUCAAUGCCUUUUGUUAUGUAUUUAAAUUUAUCUGUUGUUAUUAAGUUCGAAUAUACUUGAUAAAUUGAACUCCUGAAGUUGUACUAAGCUCAGUAAAAGCGUAUAAUGGACUAUUCUUUUAAUUGGUCAUUUGAUUCA